AGCACUGGACCCAGCGUGGCGCGCUCCCCCCUGGGUGCCAUGGCCUCGCGGCUCCUGCACCGGCUGCGACACGCCCUGGCUAGCGAUGGCCCUGGGGAGGCGGCGGCGGCGGGCCCAGAGGCUGAGCAGUUCCCUGAGAGCUCAGAGCUGGAGGACGACGACGCCGAGGGCCUGUCCUCCCGCCUCAGUGGCACCCUCAGCUUCACCAGUGCAGAGGAUGAUCCUGACGACGAAGACGAGGACGACGAGGCGGGCCUGGACUCGCCGCCCUCUGGAGACGGGACAUCGGGAGAAGACGCAGAACGAAGUCCCCCACCUGAUGGACAACGGAGCAGUCAACUCCUGGCCCGCCAGCUGCAGGAUUUCUGGAAAAAGUCUCGGAACACCCUAGUUCCACAGCGGCUGCUCUUUGAGGUGACCAGCGCCAAUGUUGUCAAGGACCCUCCCUCCAAGUACGUGCUCUACACCCUCGCCGUGAUGGGCCCAGGGCCACCAGAUCGCCAGCCAGCCCAGAUCUCUCGCCGAUACUCGGACUUUGAGCGGCUGCACAGAAACCUGCAGAGACAAUUCCGGGGCCCCAUGUCUGCCAUCUCCUUUCCCCGGAAGCGCCUACGCCGGAACUUUACUGCAGAAACCAUUGCCCGUCGCAGCAGGGCCUUUGAACAGUUUUUGGGCCAUCUGCAGGCAGUGCCUGAGCUACGCCAAGCUCCAGACCUGCAGGACUUCUUUGUGCUGCCUGAGUUGCGGCGGGCGCAGAGCCUCACCUGCACUGGUCUUUAUCGUGAGGCUCUGGCACUGUGGGCCAACGCCUGGCAGCUGCAGACCCAGUUGGGCACCCCUUCUGGCCCAGACCGCCCCCUGUUGACUCUGGCUGGGUUGGCUGUGUGCCAUCAGGAGCUGGAGGAUCCCGGGGAAGCACGAGCGUGUUGUGAGAAGGCUCUUCAGCUGCUGGGGGACAAGCGACCCCAUCCUUUCCUGGCACCCUUUCUUGAGGCCCACGUCCGGCUCUCCUGGCGCCUGGGCUUGGACAAACGGCAGUCAGAGGCCCAGCUUCAGGCCCUACAGGAGGCAGGCCUUACCCCUACCCCACCCCCCAGCCUCAAGGAGCUGCUUAUCAAAGAGGUGCUGGACUAACUUUUUCCUGUCUUAAGGCCAGGUCUAGGAGAUGGGCUGGCCCAGGUUAGGGGGCAAGGGUUGAGGAGCCCCUAAAGUAGUUCCAGAAAGAGUCUGUAGCAGACUGAGAGGAACUUUGUUUUACCAGACAGGACUAGGAACAGGCUCUGGCUGGGGUUACCUUAGGAUGAUACCAAGAGGAAGUCUUGGCACGCCCUCUUCAGCCUACCACAACUGGAAGCUGUGGCCAAGGUCAGGGCCUUUAAACCAGUCAAACAGCUUGGUGAAGGGCUGGGGACUGCUACUGGAGUCCUGGAAUUCAGAGGCACGGGGAGGGCUGUCGUUCUAUUAAAGGUCAGCUACUCCAGUGUUAGCAAUCUCUUUAUUGGAUGGAAGAGGCAGGAAGCCCAACUCUCAACUGGGACUCCUGCCUCAGGAACGGCAGUGGAAAGAGUCCUUUUAGCCCCAGGCUGAGCCAGUUAUCUGUGACUAUAGCUUACUCUCUGAUACCCGAGGCUUCGAUCGGAUCACACCCUCCUGGGCACAGGUCACAGCAAGGACCCCAUCCCGACGCCACAGCCGCCCAUGCACUAGCCCUCGAGAGCCACCUGUGAGCAAAGAGAAGGGUGAGAAUGGCCCCUGCUUCAGCACAAGCCUGCUUUGCCUGCAAAAGGUUUGAUACAGGGCUGAGCCAACCCCCAUACAACAGCGGCACACUGGAACAUCACGAUUCUAAAGUGCCAAGUGCCCAUGUGAGCCUAUUAUAGUCGCUAGGUGGCGUGCUCCCCAGGCCCCAGCCCACUUUCACGUAUCGGCUCACUUCCUCACAAAGAUCACAGAGGGGCUGGGACAAGUCUCCAAAGGCUUGGCCAAGCAGACUGCCACAUCUCUGCCACUUGUCAGAAAUCCCAUUCUUUCCUCUCUGAUACACCAAGCCAAGUCCUCCCAGGUGGUAAUUCACCCAAAUCACCACAAGGGGGAGGGUACACCUGAGAGGACCUGAGCCUAAGAGGUGUGACUUUCUUUCCCUGUCUCUCCCUUGGUGGCUCUGAGCCUGAUCUAGUUAUCCGCAGGAGGCUAACUUCAGGUUUCCUUACACACAGCAGAGCCUACUGAGAUCUAACUGUAGCCACAGAGUGCGGGCUUCACUCCAUGUCCUGUUUUCCAGACAACGACACUAAAGUACAAACAGGCUCGGGAACUUGGCCCUAAGGAUCAGGCCAAAGCUGACUGAGUGUCCUAACUUCAAGGUCACAAAUCUUGUGAGCAAUGGUGUUUGUACUUGAGGAAUCCUUUCCUGACUGUUGCUUAAGUUUCAUCCGUUUAUAAAGCAAAGCUUUUCUUCCUUUGAA